AAGCAUGCGCGAGCACGUGUGAGUUCACGUGGAUUGUUGCUAUACGUUGAUUAAAUCUUGUUUUUGAUAUAUUAUACAAAAGUUUGUACGGCGCGCUGCAGUCGAUGGUUAGGUUAGGUUAUGACAAGUAUAACACUUCAAAUACAUGUUAAAACUGAAAUAGCACGAACGUAGCGUGUCCUGCUUAAGGUUUUUAAUACGAUAAAUGGUAUUCGUACGCAAAACUGUUAUACAAAAUGGUUAAGGUUAAGAAAAAGAACUUGUCCGAGUCUGUGCAACAGAGAAACAAGAAACAGCUAAAUCCGUUUGAGGUGCAUAUUAAUAGAGACAAGCAGAAAGUAUUGGGUCGGAAGAGUAAAAAUGAUCGUGGACUUCCGGGAGUUUCGAGAGCAAAGGCUAUCAACAGACGUAAGCAAAGCCUUCUUCAAGAAUAUAAAUUACAAAAUAAAGACAAUGUUUUCUUAGACAAACGUAUUGGUGAACGAACGUGCGCUAUGAGCACAGAAGAUAAGGCGAUAGCAAGGUUUGCCACGGAACGCAUGAAAGCAUAUAAAAAGGAGAGCAUUUUUAAUUUGAAUGAUGAAGUAUUGACACAUAGAGGACAGACUCUUGAAGAGAUCGAAAAAUUUGACGAUCCUAGGAGCGACGAUGACGUUAGCGACAGCGAAAAUAUUAGCGGCAAGCUGGAUAAAAAUUUUGUGGAGGAAGCUCACUUUGGUGGAGGAACUUUAUCGAAAACAGAUUCCGCAUUAUCCAGAAAGGAUUUAAUCGAUCAGCUGAUUGCAGAGUCGAAAAAGCGGAAGGCAGAGAAACAAAAGAUACGCGAGCAAACGAUAGAUCGCACAGAGAAACUUGAUUCUGAAUGGAGGGACCUCUUGCCCAUUAUGUCUGUUUCCAAAAAGUCUACGGAGGACAUUGAUGAAACGACGAAAGCUGAUGCUUAUGAUAUUGCUGUACGGCAAUUAAAAUUUGAAGCCAGAGGUACGCCGUCUGAGAAACUGAAAUCAGAAGAACAGAUUAUUCAAGAAGAGAAAGAGAAAUUAGAGAGACUUGAAGCUGAUAGAUUGGCAAGAAUGAAAGGAUUUAUAUGCGGUACUAGUAACCAGUAUAAGCAUAAAUCUGCAGAUGAUCUCGAAGAUGAUUUUAUAAUGGAAACUAUCGAAAAUAAUGAUGAUGUUAGUUCAGUUCGUGACACCGAUAAUAUCAAUACUGAAAGCAGUGAUGAAGUUGAUGACACGUUUGACGAUGAUGAGCAGAAAGGAAAUAACGUGGGAGACGCUGCCGAUGAAAUGGUUAAAAACGUAAAAACGAGGGACGGUGAUAAUAAAAGGCAGGAAACAUAUUCUGAAUCAUCUAAUGCCAAAGAUGAAUCCGAUGCAGCGUUGAAUGACAAUAAUUCAAAGAUUGAAACGUUGUAUGAUGAAGAGUCCGAGGACGAUUUUUCAGAUUUAAAGAUAUCGUCUAGUGAAGAUGAAGAUGAAACGCAAGUUACCAUUGCAAGCGAAAGUAACAAACAUGUUACGUUUACUAAUGAUCUGACAAAAGAUACUAAACAGGUAAAUCAGUCGGAUAAGAUUUGUCCCAAAUCAAUACUAAAACAGAGUACGAGUACACAUGUACAGACGUCAUCUGACGAGAAUGAAAAGCAGGAUAUCAGAAAUGAUCUCUUGAAGCGAAAAGAAAUUAUGGAAAAGGCACGAAAAGAAUUACCUUAUACAUACGACGCUCCAGAAAAUUUUGAGCAACUAGAAAAAUGGUUAGAACCAUAUAAUGCAGAUUAUCACGCAGUGGUCGUAGAUCGUAUUAUAAAAUGUAAUCAUUGGACAUUAGAUAAUAGAAAUAGAGAGAAGAUGUCGAAUUUAUUUAUAUAUUUAUUGCAAUAUAUAAACAACUGUGCCUGCGUGGAGAGUGCUGAUGAUUUAGUUAAAUGUUUCCAAAUCUUUGACAGAUUAUGUCCUUAUCUUUAUGAUCUAGCACAUAUGAAUCCAGAGAAUGCUAAAACCUGCAUACAAGAGGUGAUCAAGGAGAAACAUAAUGAAUUUGAAAAAAAUAAGACAAGAUAUCCUGACAUGGAUACGCUUAUAUUUUUUAAGUUGGUAUCUUUGUUGUUUCCAACAUCUGACUUUAGGCAUCCUGUUGUUACUCCUUGUUUAGUAUUUAUGUCAGAAAUAUUGUUAAAAGCUCGCAUUAGGACGUACCGGAGCGAUAUUUCAAAAGGUCUUUUCAUAUGUACCCUUAUUUUAGAAUAUACAAUGCUAAGCAAGCGAUUCGCACCGUCCGUAAUUAAUUUCUUACGAGGCAUCAUUUACACAGCGACACCCACAGAUUUAACACAAAAAAUGAAAGUUAUUCCACCAUUCAAGCGUGCGUGUAAAGCUCUAGUGAUCAGUAAAACCAAAAAUACACGUGAUCCAAAAGGCGUACAUAUGUUUGCAAAUGAUUUAAUUCACGAGGACGUAGAUGAUAAAUUUAGAAUAAGAGCUUUACUGACUGCAGUCAAUUUGCUUAUCGAAUUUAAAAACCAGCUCCAAGAAUUAGAAGCGGUAUAUCCAAUAUUUGAGCACAUUUUUCAAUUAUUAAAAAUAAACAAAUUCAAACAGUAUCCACCAAACGUAAGAGAUCAUAUAAAAGGACUGCGUAACGAACUCGACGUUCUACGAAAUAAGAAAUUGGAAUACAUUGUGCUUGAGAAGAAAAGGCCAAAACCUUUAAAAACAUACGAGCCAAAAAUAAUGCCAGUAUAUGAUGGAAAACGACAUAAAUCUAUGUCAAAAGAAAAAGCAGAAAAAGAAAAAUUAUUGCAUAAGUAUAAGAGGGAAUUUAAGGGCGCACGUCGUGAAAUAAGAAGAGAUCGCGACUUCUUAGCCAAAGUACAAAUCGGACAGCAAAUUAAGAGCGACGUUGAACGUAAACGUAAAGUGAAAGAAAUUUUUGGCGAGGCUGCUAUGCAGCAAAGCGAGCUUAAGAAAAUAAAAAAGAAAAAAUAAUUUCGAAAGAGUAGAAAUAUGAUACAAAAUUUUAAAUAUUGUAAAUAAAUUUUUUAGUGUAUAUGUGUAUUCAUGCCGUACAGUGUUUCACUUUUCAUUGAAAAUCUGAUUUUAAUUUUACAAAGACUUAUUUGAUAUUAAAGGAAACUACGAGAAGUGAUAUAUCCUUCAAUUUUUCUCCUGGAAAAAAAAUCCAAAGUAAUCUAUCAUUAAAUGAUAACAAUCAAAAUAAGGAUGUUUCGCGCGAAUGCGCGCAUAUGCGGAAAAAAAAGGAAAAACAGUAUGAUAAUGUCCCUACAAAUCAAAUUAGUGCAACGUAUCGUUAUUUCUAACAGAUCUAUUCUUCGUGGCUGCAAUACGUUGAACUUUUUAUACACUACGAAUUUUACAUUUGCUUAACUUUGUAGUCGCAAAAAAUCCUUUUUUUUUGUGAGGUGGGGGAUAUACAUCUUUUGUAUCGAGCAAUAAAAGGAACCUGUUGACAA